GUACGAGAAGUAAUCGCCUGAAACGCCUCCCAUUUUCCUACUUUUAUCUCUCUCUGUCUCUCUCUGUUUUAUUUUCUUUUUGCUUAUAAAAGCGGCAAAGCUAACUACUACUUAAACAAAAGGCUCACCUUUUAUUUUUCCUUCCCCAUUUUCUCCUUCCUUACUUCCUCUUACAUAUUUCAGCUGAAAUUGCAAGGAAGAGAUCUCCGCGACUUGGUGUUGAAUGAAACCUUGAAGGCGCUUGAUGCUGUGUCAUUUGUAAACCAUUUUUCUGUGUGCUUUUGGCUACAAUAGCUUAGAAGAAGCAAAGCAUUCAGAGCAUAUCUGCUUCUCAAGUUAUACUUUGUUUUGGCUGUUUAGAUGAUCUUAAUGGUUUUCUAGAAUUUUUUAUCGAAGAUUUUGCCAUUUUUUAAUGUCGGCUUUUAUUGUAAUGUGGGGACUGUGUUUGUUGGAUAUCGGGGCAUUUUACCAAUAUAGAAUGGUGAAGAUUUAUGUAUAGGGAAAGUAGUUGUGACUUGUUUGGUUGCCUUGUGGCUCUUCCACGGGAAGAGAAAGAGAAAUGUGGAUUGGAAUUUGGGUGAGAAUUUGAUAGCCAAAUUGAGAAAAAGGAAAGACAACUUUUUUUUCUUUGUGUUUUAGGUGAGAAAGAAAACCAAAAAAGGAAAAAAAAAAUAAAAAAAAUGCCUGAGAGGCGAAAGAAAGGGAUACAUUUUAGCAAGCUCUAUUCAUUUUCGUGUAUUCGCUCCUCUCAUGAAGACAAUCAUGCCCAAAUUGGUCAAAGAGGGUACUCAAGGGUUGUUUACUGUAAUGAUCCUGAUAAUCCAGAGCAAGUUCAAUUGAGAUACAGAGGAAAUUAUGUGUCAACUACUAAGUAUACGGCGGUUAACUUUAUUCCCAAGUCUUUAUUUGAGCAGUUUAGGAGGGUGGCAAAUUUGUACUUUCUUGUUGUGGCUUGCGUUUCAUUUAGUCCUUUGGCACCUUAUAGUGCAAUCAGUGUUCUUGCACCAUUGGUAGUGGUGAUUGGAGCUACAAUGGUCAAGGAAGCCGUCGAAGAUUGGAGGCGAAGAAAACAAGACAUAGAGGCAAAUAAUCGAAAGGUUGAAGUGUACAGUAGAAAUCAUACAUUUCAAAAGACCAGGGGGAAGAAUCUCCGAGUUGGUGAUAUUGUGAAGGUGUACAAGGAUGACUACUUUCCUGCUGAUCUGCUUUUGCUUUCUUCAAGCUAUGAGGAUGGUAUCUGUUAUGUUGAAACGAUGAACCUUGAUGGAGAAACUAAUCUAAAAUUGAAGCAUGCAUUGGAGGUGACAUCUCAUCUUUACGAUGAGAAAUCAUUCAACGACUUUAUGGCAGUAAUCAGAUGUGAGGACCCCAAUGAGAAUCUAUAUUCUUUUGUAGGAACUUUGUACUAUGAUGGUACACAGUAUCCACUUUCCUUGCAGCAGAUUCUCUUACGAGAUUCUAAGCUUAAAAACACUGAAUACAUCUAUGGUGUUGUUGUUUUUACUGGACAUGAUACGAAAGUGAUGCAGAAUGCUACUGAUCCUCCUUCCAAGAGAAGUAAAAUUGAGAGGAGAAUGGAUAAGAUAAUCUAUGUUCUUUUCAGUACUCUGGUAUUGAUAUCUUUUAUUGGAUCAGUCUUUUUCGAGAUUGAAACAAAAGAAGAUCUUAACCAUGGAAAGUUGAGAAGGUGGUAUCUUCGUCCAGAUGAUACCCCUGUAUUUUAUAACCCCAAAAGAGCAACACUUGCUGCUUUUCUUCAUUUCUUGACAGCCCUUAUGUUGUAUGGAUAUUUGAUCCCCAUAUCUCUGUAUGUAUCCAUUGAGAUCGUGAAGGUAUUGCAGAGUAUAUUCAUUAACCAUGAUCAAGAUAUGUAUUAUGAAGAAACAGAUAAGCCUGCUCAUGCACGCACUUCUAAUUUGAAUGAGGAGCUUGGUCAGGUUGAUACGAUACUUUCUGAUAAAACUGGUACUUUGACAUGUAACUCAAUGGAAUUUGUCAAAUGUUCUAUAGCUGGCACUGCAUAUGGUCGCGGUAUGACAGAGGUGGAGGUGGCGCUGGCAAGAAGGAGAACAGAUGGGCCAACUGAUGAUAUUCCAUCUGAUCGACUAAGCCAUGAUGCUGAUAUUAGGGGCUCUGAAAAGCCAAUUAAGGGUUUCAACUUUAGAGAUGAGCGCAUCAAUAAUAGCCAGUGGGUUAAUGAACCUCAUUGUGAUGUUAUCCAAAAGUUCUUUCGGGUUCUAGCAAUAUGCCAUACAGCCAUUCCAGAUAAAAGUAAAGAUUCGGGAGAAAUUUCUUAUGAGGCCGAGUCGCCAGAUGAAGCAGCUUUUGUCAUAGCUGCCAGGGAGCUUGGAUUUGAGUUUUUUGGAAGGACACAGACAAGUAUAUCUUUGCAUGAGUUUGAUUUUAAAACUGGAAAAGGAGUUGACAGAGUAUAUGAGCUUCUUCAUGUCUUAGAGUUUAGUAGCUCCCGCAAAAGAAUGUCAGUAAUUGUGAGGAAUGCAGAAAAUCAAUUAUUGCUCCUUUGCAAGGGUGCUGACAGUGUAAUGUUUGAAAGGCUUGCAAAGGAUGGGAGGAUGUUUGAGGUUCAGACCAAGGAUCAUAUCAACAAAUAUGCUGAAGCAGGUCUAAGAACCUUGGUAAUUGCAUAUCGUGAGCUCAAUGAAGAGGAAUAUAAAAAAUGGGAAGAGGAGUUUUUGAAGGCGAAAACAUCUGUCACUCUUGACCGAGAUGCAUUGGUGGAUGCAGCUGCUGAUAAGAUUGAAAGAGAUUUGAUUCUUCUUGGUGCUACAGCCGUUGAGGACAAACUGCAAAAGGGGGUCCCUGAAUGUAUCAAUAAGCUGGCCCAGGCUGGGAUUAAGAUAUGGGUUUUAACUGGUGACAAGAUGGAAACUGCAGUGAACAUAGGGUAUGCUUGUAGUUUACUUAGACAAGAUAUGAAACAAAUCAUCAUCACUCUUGAUUCACCAGAUAUUAUUGCCUUGGAAAAACAAGGAGAUAAAGAGGCUGUUGCCAAGGCUUCUCUGGAUAGCAUAGAGAAACAGCUUAGAGAAGGAAUUUCACAAAUUCAAUCAGCUAAAGAAAGUUCAAGCUCAGUCAAUAAAGGUUCUAUAGCAUUUGGCUUAAUAAUUGAUGGCAAGUCCUUAGAAUUUUCCCUCAAGAAGAAUUUUGAAAAGACAUUUUUUGAGCUCGCUAUUAAUUGUGCUUCUGUUAUAUGCUGCCGCUCUACACCCAAGCAGAAAGCUCGUGUUACAAGAUUGGUAAAGCUAGAAACAGGUAAAACAACACUAUCAGUUGGUGAUGGGGCCAAUGAUGUGGGCAUGCUUCAAGAGGCUGAUAUUGGAGUUGGCAUUAGUGGUGUUGAAGGGAUGCAGGCAGUUAUGGCAAGUGAUUUUGCAAUAGCUCAAUUUCGGUUUUUGGAACGUCUCUUGCUGGUACAUGGUCAUUGGUGCUAUAGGCGCAUAUCAAUGAUGGUAUGCUACUUCUUCUAUAAGAACAUAACAUUUGGGUUUACCCUGUUCUGGUACGAGGCCUAUACUUCGUUCUCUGGUCAACCUGCUUAUAAUGAUUGGUACAUGUCAUUUUACAAUGUCUUCUUCACUUCGCUUCCUGUAAUUGCUCUUGGUGUUUUUGACCAAGAUGUUUCUGCACGCCUAUGCCUCAAGCAUCCACUUUUGUAUCGAGAAGGAGUGGAAAACAUACUCUUCAGCUGGCCACGCAUACUUGGUUGGAUGAUCAAUGGAGUUAUCAGCUCCAUAAUUAUCUUCUUCUUCUCUACAAACUCGUUGAUCAACCAAGCUUUCCGGAGAGAUGGUAAAGUAGUCGACUUCGAAGUCCUUGGAGUCACAAUGUAUACUUGUGUAGUAUGGGCUGUAAAUUGCCAAAUGGCACUUGCCAUUAACUACUUCACUUGGAUCCAGCACUUCUUCAUCUGGGGAAGCAUCGCCUUUUGGUACAUAUUCUUAGUAAUAUAUGGUUCCCUUUCACCAAAUGUAUCGACUACAGCAUACAAGGUUCUUGUGGAAGCCUGUGCUCCCAGUGCCCUCUACUGGCUGGUUACCGUUCUUGUUGUUAUUUGCACUCUGCUACCUUAUUUUUCAUUCAGAGCUUUCCAGACAUGGUUCCGUCCAAUGUACCAUGAUCUAAUACAACAAGAACGACUAGAAGAAGCUGAAUUGCCUCUCGCAGUAAGGGGAAACUUACAGCAUCUGAGAGAGAAACUGAAUAACAAGAGGGAUCCUUGAAAGAUAUCACAUCAGGUUCUUCAGAUUUUUUUAAGUGAUUAAGAUAUUUUGUUUCUGUAUAUGUUUUUGAGAGGCAUUCGAAGUGUAGGUUGGAAAAUGAAAUUUGUAGACUGUACUUGUAUACAACUUACCCCCUCAUGUACAUUAGUCAAUGUAAAGCGGAUUCAAGAUCAGAAGAUCUCAGUAUGUAAAUCUGAUGUAUCUUACCAAAAAGGAACUGGUUUAUUUUUAUUUUACCCAUGCUUUUUAUC